AUGUGUAUCUCAGUGUUCAUGUGGCAAGCUCAUCCGAAGUACCCCUUCAUUCUCUUACACAACAGGGACGAGUUUUAUUCUCGCCCUACGCAUCCGUUGGCAUGGUGGGGAGGGGAAACGAUUUUGGGUGGUAGGGACGCGCUGGGCGGCGGAACGUGGUUGGGUUCGACGAGAACCGGCAGGAUCGCGUUUCUUACUAAUUUUCGGGAAGUUGAGACCCUUCCACACCCCAAAACUAGAGGGGACUUGCCCCUUCGUUUUCUUCAGAGCAAUGAGAGUCCCCAGGAGUUUGCAGAGCACGUUGUGAGAGAGGCACAUCAGUAUAAUGGGUUUAACCUUGUGUUGGCUGAUAUUUGCACCUCCACCAUGGUUUAUGUGUUCAAUAGACCAAACCAAGAUAAUCAUCCUUCUGUAGCCCUAGUUACCCCGGGAAUUCACGUGUUGACUAAUGCAUCCCUUGACGCUCCUUGGCCUAAGGCUGAACGGCUGCGCCAAAGUUUCAAAGAAUUUAUUGAUGAAUAUGGUGAAAGUGAUUUUCCCAUCAAAGAAAUGGUUGAGAAGCUCCUGACAAACACAGUGAAAGAUGAAGAGUGUAUGCUACCUGGAAUUCAUCCCCCGAAACGAGAAUAUCCUUUGAGUUCUAUAUUUGUUGAAACAGAGCUUUCACCGGGGGGACCUUAUGGAACUAGGAGCUCUUCUGCCUUGUUGGUGAAAUCAAACAAGGAAGUCAGCUUCUACGAGAAAUAUCUGGACCAGAAGCAAUGGAAAGAGAAAAUGGUGGCCUAUAAGAUCAGCGAUAUAUGA